UCCUCACCACGUGUGGCAUCUAUGAGUGAUGCCGAUGCUGCCUCUUUCCUGAGCAUAGAGAAAAACGAAAUGGGAGGAGAGGGGUUUUCUGUGCUGGACGCUUUCGGAAGCCCAAAGACAGCAGGCCUGUAAUGAACGGGGUUUGUCGAGUCACCCAGGGCAGACCCAGGAACUAAGCGCAGAGCUGUUGACUUACACGGCUGAACCUUCACAGUUCUUUACCUUCUUCCAGGAGUAGCAGAAAAUGAACAUAGCUCAGGGAUUGGUGUCGUUCGAAGACGUGACUGUGGAGUUCACCCAGGAGGAGUGGCGGCAGAUGGACUCCACACAGAGGGCCCUGUACAGAGAUGUGAUGCUGGAGAACUACGGCCACCUGGUCUCCAUGGGAUACUGCAGUACUAAACCCCGGGUGAUUUUCAAGUUGGAGCAAGGAGAAGAGCCCUGGUCCUUAGAGGAAGAAUUCCUAAACCAGAGGUACCCAGGUGAGUGAGCCCUGACAGAAACACCUGGGGUAGUUAGACCUUAGAGGGGAACACUUCCGA